AUGGGUGGGAUCGCGUGGGACGGUUCAGAUCGGGGGGACCGUGUAAAGGCCUCUCAGCGCCGCAGUAGCGGCCACAGUGUGGCUCUCUACAUCGGACGUGGGCAACAAACAGUAGUCAAGGGCUGCUGCGGUUUGGCUGCAGCAGCCUCAGCAGGAGUCAAGGCAGCAGCAGCAGCUGCAGCCACGGCGCUAGCAUCGACAGCGGCUGCAGCAGAGCGACGAGCAGUGGCAGCAGCAGCAGCAGCUACGAAGCCCCGCUCAUUGCAUGACCCCAAGCGCCGCUGCUGUCAGGUGCUGCUAAAGGCCACGGGCAGUCGCUGUGCUGCAGCUGGCGCUGAAGACGUCCGGGGUGCAGCAGCCAAGCGUAGCUGA